AUGUCGACCACUGCGCGUUCCGCUGCCGUGCUGCCGCCCGCACCAUGGAAGCAGCUCUUCAAUGAUCAUAUCUCUAAGAUGAAGUCACCGGAAUUUGUGCUGGGUACAUUGGAUGCUGCUUCUGAGGAUUCACCAACACCCUACGUCCCACGUGUCCGUUACUGCAUCUUCCGUGGCUUCUGGGCCGAGCUGCCCGAAAACAAGCACAACGAUGCGGAGCGUAAUGCUCCAAUCUUUGCGAGCGACUGUCCUACUUUCACGACCGAUGUGCGCAUGGAGAAGGUUGGACAGAUCUUUGCGACAAGUGCAGGGCACGCAGAGAGCAGGGAGCAGAUUCAGGGUAGCGGUGGUGGAGGACCUGUAGAAGCCGUAUACUGGAUCACAGAGACAGGUACGCAAUGGCGGAUCAAGGGCCGAGCAUACGUUAUCGCGGAUGAUAUUGAAGGAGGGGAAGAAAGUAGCGGAGUACGUACCGUGAAGAGCGAAGUAGGAAAGAGAAUGCGCGUGCUUGAGGAAGGCAAGGAAGGAGAUUGGAGCUGGCAGAGGGAACUCACCGGAUUUUUCGGCAACCAAUCCCCUGGAAUCAAGGAACCCUUCGACGACAAGCACCUCGCGCUCGGGUCGAAGACGGAUGGCCUUCACGAUCCGGUUGCGCGCAAAAAUUUUCGUCUGGUCGUCAUUGUACCGGACUCUGUGGAACAGACUGAUCUCAGUGACCCUGAAAAGGCAAGGAGAUUUAGAUACACGUUCGACGAUACUGCACGAGCGAAUGCUGGGUGGAGGACGGAGGAGCUUUGGCCCAUAGAUGCGUUCAGAGCCAAAGGGUUCAACUUUCGUAUUUGA